UUCGGGACUUCGCGCGACCUCCUCGGCGCCGCGUCGGGAUCACGGCCUUGGCUAUACGUCGUUCUCUGGCGAUGUUCGACUUUUGAACAGCUGCGGAUGAGAUGGGCACAGGAGACAGAUUACUCGACAUACUGUGUGAUGUAUGCGGUGACCGUAGUUCUGGAAAACACUACGGCAUCUACAGCUGCGACGGUUGUUCGGGAUUUUUCAAGCGAAGUAUACACAGCAAUCGGGAGUAUAUUUGCAAAGCCCAGGGUGCCAAGAAAGGACGUUGCCCGAUCGACAAGACCCAUAGGAAUCAAUGUCGUGCUUGUCGUCUCGCUAAGUGCUUUGAAGCUAACAUGAACAAGGACGCAGUACAACAUGAGCGCGGACCGAGGAAACCGAAGCCCCACGCGAUUAUCUCGUCGGAGAAGCAACAUCAGCAACAGUCACCGAUUGUCACGCAAUUGUCUCCUCAUUCUGCGGCUCCGGUGCACAAUGAUCGAUUAAGACCAGCGCUAGCUCCCCCGUACGUUCUCUCGCCGCACAGAAGGUUAAGGUGCGACCAAAGAUUCACGCCUUAUCCACGACCGAUGGCGCUGGUACAGAAAUCGCCGGAGGAAUCACCGUCCCCCGUACCGUUGAUUCUACCGCACCCUCGCACGACCACGACCCUCUAUCAAGCAGCCACGACCGUCUCCCUAGCGCCGCAGCCUCCCCUUUUGCAGAUACUAAUGUCCGCCGAGGAAUGUCAGACUCGUGCUCUCGUACAAAUUACCGCCUCGCUUUGCCGUAAGGAACUGGUUUGGAACGCGCGAUUGCAACCCACGGCGGAAUAUCCGAUGGAGCAAUUGGAGACGGAGACAAGUCGAAGUCCGACGGGCACCGUGCAGAGCUUCAGUCCGACCUGGGAGAUGCUGCAGGAGACGACGGCCCGACUGCUGUUCAUGGCUGUCAGAUGGGUGCGUUGUCUGCCACCCUUCCAAACGAUAUCGAAGGACGAUCAGCUGCUGCUGCUGGAACGAUCCUGGACGCAACUGUUCCUGCUGCAUUUGGCGCAAUGGUCCAUCUCCUGGGACAUCACCGCGCUCCUCGAGGACGAGCAAGUGCGCAGCAGACUACCCACGGACGACAAUCCGACAAACCAGGAGCUCGUCCUUAUUCAGGCUAUAAUAUGUCGAUUCAGGCAACUGUCCCCCGAUUUCGGCGAGUGCGGCUGCAUGAAGGCAGUGGCGUUGUUUACGCCAGAGACAGUGGGCUUGCACGCAAUCCAGCCCAUUGAGAUACUGCAGGAUCAGGCGCAACGUAUUCUAGUGGAUUAUACGAGAUCACGGUAUCCGCAGCAACCCGGUAGAAUCGGCAGAUUGAUGAUUCUAGUCGGAUACCUGAGGUGCGUCUCUUCGAAGACUGUCGAACGUCUCUUCUUUCACGAAACCAUCGGAGAAAUACCAAUCUCCCGCUUGCUGGUCGACAUGUACCAAAUGGAGAAGUAUAUCAAUUGAAGCGCAAUUUGCAUAUCGUAUGCAACGUACAUACACGUUAUACAUAAAUGUGUCAGGACCACAGCGAGCUCGCAGCUUUCCAAAACUCUUCGGACUCUUUCACGUGUAGAAACGGCAGAAUAGAAUAGAAGAAAAGUUUUCGAAAUCUGUAGUGGCCCCCAAAAUUUCUUUUUUCUGCUGAUUCGCCCUUGCGACCAUGUAGUAUUAUUAUCCGAUGAAAGUGAAGUGAAGUUUACUGUUUAAAUCCAUCAUAAAAUGAGAUUUCGAUACCAUUGCUGUUAAAAAAAAAAUAAUUGUUCCUUUCUUGGUUAUUUUUAUAGAAAACUUACCGUAAACUAUCUGGUUUUUCUAUUGAUUGAGUUUGUUACUUAAACCAUUAAAAAUUGUUUCCUAUUUUUAAUUAUACUUUAUUUAUAAUUAAGAUAAAAUUGUACAUUCGUAUUUAAUUGUUUUUGUGAAUACUUUUAUUUACUAUUUAAUUAUAAACAUGCUCAAAUUUAUCCACUUUUUUAAACGUAGUUUUACAUUCGUAAAAAGUACGAUUUCCAAAUAUAUUCAAGAAAAUAUAAAAAAUGAUUAAUACGUGUGUUUCUGACAACACUGGGCAUUCUACUUACAAAGGCCCUUGUACUACUAUCCACUACUUAUCACAUUUCUAAGUAAGUCGCUAGUUAUUUACGUCACUGUUUAUAUGUCGAACAGUCGUUUUUUUUGCAUGACUCAAAUAAAAAAAGAUUUUGAAAUGAAAUUUGCACGUGAAGCAUUUACUUCGAUUUAUAUAUCCUGAUGAUUAUGAAAUAUAGAAAAAAGUUAUGAAAUUAUAUGCGCUUUGUGUUACAUAUUCGAGUUUCAUUGAAUCAAUGUAUAGAUUGCAGAAGUCUUAAUGAACAAUAUUUAUCUGUUAUAUAAAAGCAUUUGUUUUGUGUAAUUAUGCGUUUUCGUAAAAUAGUAAUAAUCUAUUAUUAUAAAUCCGUUUUUUUUAUUUGGAAUAAUUACUAUUUUCUAACUAUACAUUUUUAGAGUAUUUCAUAUACUAGGCGAAGUACAAUUGAUUGUAAAACCAUUUCGAAAAUUGUGCUCGAGAAAUAAUCGAGAAUCUGUAAUAUAACAUGUCCCUCUCUGUGAUCCCUCUUGAGUAAAGAAUUAUUGUACCAAUUCGAUUUGUUAAAUAAUGAUGAUGCGUGGAAAAAUAAAUAUCAUAUAUGUAUUGCAUCAGCGUAAAUAAGCUAAGUUAUACGAUAAAAAUAUCGUAGGCAAUGGAAGUAUCGCAAUAUAAUUAUUACAAUAAAAAGAUAUGGUAUAAUAAUGUAAAAAGUGCGGUAUAAUAAUGGUGCUCUAAUUUUUUUACAUCAUUGCUUUGGUAAAAAAUAAUGUUUAUUUAUAAGAUUUGCAGUUCGAGUGCAGUACAGAAUUAUUAUUAUGAAUGACAACAUAAAAAAAUUGAAUGAAAAAGAUGUAUGUAUCAUAGAAUGAAGUUGUACUAUAUAAUUGUUAUAUUCUCAAAUUCUUUUGUUAAUAGAAUUAUUAAAUUUGUUAUACACUUACGUAAAAAAAAUAUUGCAUACACGAUAAGUUCUAUUCUGUAAUUAAUAAAUGUCUCAUACAAAUAUACGUCUGUAAUAUUUCA